GCUGGCCCGCGCUUUGCUGCCGAAGACAGUUGGAAGAAUCCCAGAAGCCAAACUCCACCGAACAGACAAAACCCCGAAGACCCUGUAGUUGUGCGGCUGCCCCAAGAGAGGCCCCCAGUAGAAACAGACCGAUGGGGGCCCCCCGGCCAGUUUAGGGGGGCCCCCCUUAGGGGGGGCCCCCCUAGAAGGGGGCCCCUUCAGGGGGGCCCCCCUAGAGGGGGGGCCCCCAGGUGGGGGGCUCCUAGAGGGGGGCCCCCUGGGGGCCCCCCCUUUCUUUUUAGUAAGCCUUUGCGCUCUGGCAAAACAAGAGACAGCCGCAGGCAACCCCUGUACCCUUAG